AUAAGUUCUAAAUAAUUUAGCGUGUUUAUUUUUUUCAAGGUUACAACUGCCAUAUACAAUCUUAUCAUUGGAAAAGUGUACUGCGACCACCAUGGUUUAAUGAACAUUCAGGGUAAUCGGCAGCAUUCAUGCAAACUCAAGUUCAAAGAGCAGUCUAUUCUUGACAGAAAUCCUCGCCAGGUUCAUGGAUUUGUUGAAGAUGUUUAUGGGGAAAAGGUUGCCACUGUUUUUGGUAAAUGGGAUGACAGCAUGUAUUACGUAAACGGUGAUGGGAAUGGCAAACCGAAGGAUUGCAGUCCCUCGUCAAAUGCCUCCUUGUUGUGGAAAAGGACUAAUCCUCCUCCUAAUCUUACCCGGUACAACUUAACGUCAUUUGCGAUCACUCUAAAUGAGCUGACAGAAGGACUGCAGAUUAAGGAGAAGCUCCCGCCGACGGACUCUAGACUUAGACCAGAUCAGCGCCACUUGGAGAAUGGAGAAUAUGAGAAAGCAAAUGCGGAGAAGCAACGUUUAGAGAGGAGGCAAAGAAUGGUAUGGUUGACACCUUUAGUCCCUGAUUGAUGUAUUUAUGUCUUU